GUGGGGCGGACGCAACGACGCGGCUCACGAAGCUCAACUGGUUUUGAUUGUCUCAUGAGCUUCGAGGGGGGGACGGAUCGAGAAGAAGAAGAGACCCCAAUUGAGCAAUUGAGCAUUACCACCAACGAUGCCAUCGCCAUCGUCUUCUCGAUGCGUUUUUUUGAGUCGGCAGCGACCGCAUUCUGUUGUUUUUUUGGGCAGGAGUUGUGAAGGAUGUCGGCGAUUCCCACAGAGCAAACGCGACCCCCUGAGGCCGACGCGCGUGAUUUCGUUGAGGGGGAGACACAGAGGCCACAGUUGUUGAUCGCUGUGCAGGAGCGCAUUCUGCAGGACCCCAUCUUGGCCGGGCACUUUGCUGGACUCCCUACCCCUGGCGUACCGCUGCUCAUUGGUGACCCCUUCAAUGCGUUGUCCAGCCCGCAUCAGCUACGCACUUCCCACCGUUUGGUUCGAGCGGUGGAUGCGUUUGGGAACAAAUAUUUGAACCAGUAUAUCGUUAUCAAGCUUCUUGGGUGUGGACGCUACGGAAAGGUUAAGCUCUGCCUCAAUGCAUUUGAUGGUAAAUUAUUUGCUGUUAAGGUCGUUGAUCGCAAACGACUCAGAGAUCGCAGAUUCUUGAACGAGGACGGUGACAGCAUCAUGCUCCAGGAGUAUGUGCACGAAAUUGCGACAUUGAAAAAGCUUCAUCACCCAAAUAUCGUGGCGUUGCAUGAGGUAAUAGACGACGUUCAGCAGAGGAAGGUGUACCUAGUGCUAGAAUACGUGGAAGGUGGACCUGUUAUGGAAGACAACAGGUGGAUUGCUUUUCCAGAGGAACUGGCUCAGAAGUAUUUUCGUGAUAUUUGCUGCGGAUUAGAUUACCUUCAUUACCAUAAGGUCUUGCACAGAGAUUUGAAGCCUGAAAAUUUGCUACAGACAGCUGAUGGACGCAUCAAAAUUAGCGAUUUUGGAGUCUCUCAAGUAUUUGAGACGAAAAGCCGUAGUUUUCUUCUCCCGAAAAAUAUUUCGAUCCAACAAGCAUGUAAACGGCACUUCUCGACGGAUGCAUUAAGCUCCACCGCUGGCACUCCUGCUUUUCUUGCUCCUGAGGCGUGCACCAAGAGUUCUUUUGAGGGGCGCCCAGUUGACGUAUGGGCACUUGGGGUCUGCUUGUAUGUUUUCGUCUUCGGUACUCUUCCAUUCUCGGGGAAGACCAUCCCGGACAUCUACCAUGCCAUUCAGCACAAGCAGCUUUCUUUUCACCCAUCCAUUGUAAUCUCUAAGGAGCUCAAGGAUCUGCUGAAACUUAUAUUGGUCAAAGAUCCCAAGAUACGCAUCUCUCUGCCAAGCAUCAUGGAACACCCAUGGUUAACGUUAUUUGGACUGCAAUUGUUAAUCCCUCUCUCGAAAAGCGUGCACGGAGCAGCAACUAUGGAUUUUUCAAAAAAUGAUCUUAAGUCGGCUCACACCACCAGUACUUCAGGUUUAAACCCUCUUUCCAAGGUGGGAGAGCAGGAAAAGAGGUUUCAGGCAGGUGAAUACGCCAAGGGACAGGGAAAACAAGGAAAUAAAUCAUGUUUCAUGAAUUGUAGCAAAUGUGAGAUUUUGGUCGACGCUGAUCCUGAACUUGGUGGCGAGAUGGAUGAAUGUGUUGUAAUAAAAAGAGAACCUGGGAAAUUUGGUGCAUGGAAGAUGGCUGCUGUUAUCAACCAAAAUCUGACGGACUCGCCGCCCUGUAGUGGAACUUCGCUUCGAUCACGGGUACCCAUUCGAGGGAAGGCUCCAACAACUGCUACAGUACCAAACGAAUUGAAGGACGUCUUGGACGCCAUGCCCCAGCCUCAGGAUGAGAAAGUCCUCUCAAUCAAGAAAAAAUCCAGCGAAGUCCGGUGUGGUCAAUUCAGGUGGUGUACAACGAUGUGAAGCCUUUCGGUGGUGACGCUGUGGUUGUGGUGGUGUUGCUAAUGCCCUAGUGAGCUUUACAUUUACAUUUCAAGAGUAUACUGAGAGAAUGGUUAUGAUUUAGAUGAUCAAACUAUGAUUUCUAUCAUCAAUUGCAAACCAAGCAUGUGGUGAGCUGCUAUAGUGAAUCUAUUCAAAACCAAGGUACUGUCGGUUGAGUAUUUUUCUUCGAA